UUCGAAAAGCUAGUGGCUACGUAGUCAAGGGGUUCUGAUUGGCUAAAUCUAGCUACAAAAGUAGUUGAAAUUUCCCCUCCGACGUAGUGUAAAAAUUUCGGCUAAAAAGUUAGUUGGCACUGAUUUUGACGUUUCACAAUCAGCUGUUGAAAAAAUUUAAAAAAGAUACAAACAUUUCAAAAUGAAACUUAUUGUGCAGUAUUUAGAAAUAAAUUACGAAAUAGAGGCAGAUGAAGAAAUUUGCAAUAAAAUCUUAACAGAUCCAGUGUAUGCCGCAGCAUUCAUGGAACAAAAUUUGAGUGCACAAAAUGCAGAACAUACGGAGGAAGAUUCAGUGUCUACUCCAACAAAUCUUGAUUAUGCACAAGAAAACACAGGCAAUAUAGAGAAAGAAUCUUCUUGGGAGCACCGCACCGUUCUUCUGUUUUUAGAAGAAUGUAGCAGGCAUAAACAUGAGCUAAGAAACCCAAAAAUCAGGCGCAGGACGGUGUUCCUUAAAAUUAAGGAGGCGAUGGAGGGUAAAGGCUACAAUUUUAAAGAGAGCUCGCUGGAAAAGAAGCUGGGCAAUUUAAAGAUAAGGUAUAACCGCAUCCUGGAUAACAACAAAAAAACUUCCACAGGUCGAGGGCGCAUGUCCUGGCCCUACUUCGAACAAAUGUGCCUAAUAUAUGAAGACGAAGUUAAUGUCAGGGAUGCGCCUACAGUGAGCUCUCUGAACCCUUCAUCGCUGUGUGCUCCCUCGGAUUGCACUCCCUCGGAUUGCACUCCCUUUGUAUUUGUUUUUAUUUAAUUUAAAAAUAUUGUUGUUAUUUGUUUAAAAUUCUUAAAACUUUCUCAAAUGUUUCCGAUUUUGCGUUUGUUUACUUUUGCAUCUGUCAUUAAUAUGACAGCUCAGGAUUGACUAGCUUUGUAGUGAAGUUUUGCAUUCACAAAUCUAGUUGAAUUUCGACUACGUAGCCACUAGCUUUUCGAAUGCGAC